CCCCACAGCGGCCGUUUCCUGGCAGCGUCCGGAUCGCGCGGCUUUGAAGAGGAUUCCAUUCUUGUGACCCACAGCAGUCAUUCUCCUGAAGAAAAUCGAGUUUCCUGUACCACCACCCCCACCAAAAUCCAUGGAGAAGUUUGUAUCAGACAGGCCCGUGUCUAAGAAUGAAAUCCCUACUCUUCCUUCCCAGAAGAAGCCAGAUACAAACUCAUGCCCUCAUGCACCUGCCAAUUAUCUUGUCCCUGGUGGGGUGGACGCUGAGAAAUGCAAGGCUAACGAGAAGGAAAGGCACUGGAUCCGUCCUGAUACACCCAGCAAAUGCACCUGGAAACUUGGGAAACCCCUCUCUGCCUCCCCCCAUCAUCAUGCCACCCUGCCAGAGCCUCCGAAGAUCCUGCCAAACAUCCUGAAUAAAGUUGGCAAUACACCUUUGGUGCGGAUCAACAAGAUUGGGAAGCACUUCGGGCUCAAGUGUGAACUCUUGGCCAAGUGUGAGUACUUCAACGCCGGGGGCAGCGUGAAGGACCGCAUCAGCCUCAGGAUGGUGGAGGAUGCAGAGAGAGCUGGGAUCCUGAAACCUGGGGACACCAUCAUAGAGCCAACCUCUGGGAACACAGGGAUCGGGCUGGCCUUGGCGGCGGCAGUGAAGGGUUACCGCUGCAUCAUCGUCAUGCCAGAGAAAAUGAGCAUGGAGAAGGUGGAUGUCCUGAGAGCUCUGGGUGCUGAGAUUGUGAGGACCCCAACUACAGCCAGAUUUGAUUCUCCUGAAUCUCACGUGGGGGUGGCCUGGAGAUUGAAGAAUGAAAUCCCCAAUGCACACAUCCUGGACCAGUACCGCAAUGCCAGCAACCCCCUGACGCACUACGACACCACAGCUGAGGAGAUCCUGCAGCAGUGUGAUGGAAAGGUGGACAUGGUGGUGGCCACGGCUGGCACAGGAGGUACCAUCACUGGCAUCUCCAGGAAGCUGAAGGAGAAGUGUCCAGGGUGCAAAAUUAUAGGUGUGGAUCCUGAAGGCUCCAUCCUUGCUGAACCAGAAGAACUGAACAAGACUGACAAGACAAUGUAUGAAGUGGAAGGAAUUGGAUAUGAUUUUGUCCCCACGGUGUUGGAUAGAUCUGUAGUGGACCAGUGGUACAAGAGCAAUGAUGAGGAGUCAUUUGCCUUAGCACGGAUGAUGAUCCGCGAGGAGGGGCUGCUGUGUGGUGGCAGCUCGGGCAGUGCCAUGUCUGUGGCUGUGAAGGCAGCCAAGGAGCUGAAGGAGGGUCAGCGCUGCGUUGUCAUCUGCCCUGACUCCAUCAGGAACUACAUGUCCAAGUUCUUGAGUGACAAAUGGAUGAUUCAGAAAGGGUUCAUGAAAGAAGAAGACUUUGGCAACAAACCUUGGUGGUGGAACAUCAGUGUUCAGGAACUGAGGCUCUCUGCCCCCCUGACUGUGCUUCCAACUGUUACCUGUGCAAAGACCGUGGAAAUUCUCCGGGAGAAGGGAUUCGACCAGGUACCAGUUGUUGAUGAAUCUGGGGUGAUCCUGGGCAUGGUUACCCUGGGUAACAUGCUUUCCUCACUGCUUGUUGGAAAAGUUAAGCCUUCUGAUGAAGUCAGAAAAGUAAUCUACAAGCAAUUUCAACAGAUUAACCUGAGAGACAACUUGGGGAAACUCUCUCACAUCCUGGAAAUAGACCACUUCGCUCUGGUGGUUCAUGAGCAAAUUCAAUAUCACAUGAAUGGCUCCUCCAGCAAGAGGCAGAUGGUGUUUGGCAUCGUGACAGCCAUCGACCUCCUGAACUUUGUGACCGCACGGGAGCGGGAGAGGAAAUCCAACUAAAGCCAAGCAGCAACGUGGAGCCUCUUCAAUAUUCUGCAAUCUCAAACAAAGAAUCAGGUUUAUGUCUUAAGUAGAAUGGGUUUUUUCUUUUUUUUUUUUUUUUUGUUGGGUUGUUUUUUGUUUGUUUUUUAAUUCUGAAGAGAAGCAGUUAGCUAGCCUGGUGUCAGCUAUCCAGCCAAUGUGUCUUGCUGUAUUGCCCAGAUUCUGGGACUUGUUUCUUAAUCAGGUUAAGCAAUAUUUCUUAUCAAGACAAUUUAUUUUUUUACCUAUAUAUAUAUAUAUAUGUGUGUAAAAAAUAUUGCCUAAAUUAACUGGUUUGUUCCUUACUUGUUAUGUCUAAAGGCUGGCUUUCCAAAAUGUUGUUUCAGAAUCAUAAAAUGUGUUGAAAUAAAGAGUUACUGAAGCAGAGGCCCAAGAGAGCUCUGGAAAGUUCUGGAAUUUUUAUUUUCCCACCCAUUCAAGGGUGUUAAGUUAGGUAUUACCUGUGUGGAGACAAAAUUGGGACUGGGGGGGCAUAGGGAGAAGAAAGGAGGGUUUUUCUUUUGGUAGAAUCAUUGUAAAACAAGAGAAAAUCCUCAGGUCCGAAGCUGAGACUUGCUCCAACCAUCUGCUCUGAGGAAAAGCUGGUCUGAGUAGAAGCAUGGCAGUGAAGUGACAAACAUGAACCAGUGACACUGUUUUACACAGUGCAUCAGCUUCCCCACCAUGACAGACCUAUUCUUUUUCCAGUGGUAUCCUGAUAAGUAAGCACAAGUGGAAAGAUUUAAAAGGUGAGAUCAAGCGUCUUGCCUGAAGGUUUUUUCAAAUCAUGCUGUUUCAUCUCUUGCCUUCCUCUUCCCUCCCCAUCCUUUUAUUUAUCUCAGUGUGCCUUUUUUGUGCCAAAGAAGAGCCAAAGAUAAUCUGUCAAGAGCUGUGAACUCUUCCAAGUCUUGUUCAGGUACUUCUACCCUGUAGUGCCUUAUUCUAGGAGAAAAGCCCUGCACUGGCUACCCCUUCAGAUUAGGGCUAUUGCUGAAGGAAAAUGAGCCCAUCCUUGCCUUAAACUGUGGUUUGCCAUUAAACUCAUACACUUCUUUAAGAUUUAAGAUAACUUUUCCCAAGACUCUGGAAAAAAACUAUCAAUCUAUACAUGUGCAACUUCAAUAGUAGUUGAAAGGGUUCUAAAGGGUGAUCAAUUUCUUUCUGAAAAGUAACAUUGUAGAUGUCACUGCCGCUAGAUUUUGGCAUUAUUUUGAAUAUUUACUUUACUGGCUCUUAUCUGAUUUUCUUUUCCCCAUUUUCCAUCUGACAUUCGCGGUGCUUGAGUAGCUAAGGUUUGUCCUUUUCCCUUGUAAAAACUCCAUGUCAUGACCUAACUGAAUUCAGCAAGAAAUACAAAAAUGGUAGAAGGAGGUUCUCAAAGCUGCUUUUCAGAGAGGAGUUAAAGGUGGGACAGCAAAUUAAUCAGUUAUAAAGAAGUGUAAAGAUUUGAAUUUGUUUUUUUAGUUCACUGCCCAUGCAUUAAUCCCUGUAGUGCCAUGAAAACUGGCAGUAUUGUGGACUGAGACAUUGGAGGUGGUUAGAAAUGGUGGGGAACAUGGGAUGGGAGUCUAAAGCAUUCCAAGUAAGCCAAAGGAUCUGAAGGAAUUCACCUGCUCCCCUGGGGUUUGCUAAGAGCAGGAGCUGUCUCCAGUUCUGCACUGGCUCAGGGAGAAAAAAGUCUUUCAUAUUCAGGGCAGAAACUUGGUGAGACCAUGGAAUAGGGUAAAUAAAUGGAGUUGCUGCACAACUGAAGAACUUUCCAGAGCUCUUUCCCAUGGCAGGGAUGGAGGCAGCAAAGAGAGGGGGACAGGGAAUCCAGCAGGGCUGAAAUUCCUAUGCAAAAGCUUGUAAAUGUGAUGCCUUUUUGCAUGUCUGAGAACCUCAUUGCUGGCCUGGUCCUGGUUAGUUGUGAUAGGACUGAUUAAAACUGGGCUUAUCUUUGUUUCAAAUGCUCUGAAAGCCAAGAAAGACACUGCAGUUUGUUCGGUCUUCUACCUGAAGCUGAAGGCCAGAGCCUGAACAGAACUGUAUUUUUUUUUUUCUGAAGUGAGUGCCUGCAUCUUCUGUUUACCUUUGCUGCUUAUGCAAGCGCUGACUAAACCUGAAAACUAUUUUGCACAUGGAUAUUUUUAUCAACAAUUUAUGCUGUAUUUGCUUGUCACUGUAAGAGAUUAUAGGUCCUAAUGUUGGCUGUGCAAAAAUACUUUUUAUUUUCUCACCUGAAGACAGCUAUUCAGUAAAAUCGGUACAAUAUUUUGCAAGCAGUUACCAGACAGUGACUUAAGGUUUAUUUUCACGUUGUCAUGUCUAAUGUUAUUUCCCAUUUCUUGUACAAGCUGUGGCUGACUCCAGAACUCUGGCUAGCAGUUUAGCUCCUCAAAGCAGCCAGACCAGCCUCAUCUGCCCACCAAGCUCAUUUCUGAAAACUUUUGCUUGCUGUUAUAAAUCUCACUCAAGGCUCACUGUCUGAAGUUUCCUGACAUUGUCCCUGUUAUCCAACAGCUUUUCUUACUGUGUAGUGUCAACUAAGGGAAAGGAAAGAUUUCUUAUGCUUCAAGGAGCUGGGAAAAAUCAACACUAUGAGCUGUAUUUAUUGCACAGAUAUUCAUGAAUGUACAACACAAAGAGUUCAAUAAAAGCUGUUUGAUUGUGGAACGA